GCCUGACUCCAGACAGACUUGGUCCUCCAUCUCAUGAUACCAGUCCAGUGAGCCCUGAAGCCACCACACCAGGAGCUCAGUCUCCAUCCCACCUCCACUACAGCCAGGCCCAGCACAGACGCUUCUCCAUGGAAGAUGUGAGUAAGCACAUGUCUUUGCCCAUGGACAUUCGCCUGCCUCCAGAGUUCCUAAGGAAGCUGCAGCAAGAAAAUGAAAACUCCCCUCUCUGCAAACCUCUCAGCCGCAUGUCUCGACGUGCUUCACUGUCUGAUAUAGGGUUUGGAAAACUGGAGACAUAUGUGAAGCUUGGCAAACUGGGUGAGGGGACGUAUGCCACAGUGUUUAAAGGACGGAGCAAACUUACAGAGAACCUGGUGGCGUUAAAGGAGAUCCGGCUGGAACAUGAAGAGGGGGCUCCAUGCACAGCCAUCAGAGAGGUGUCUCUGCUGAAGAAUCUGAAACAUGCCAACAUUGUCACGCUGCAUGACAUCAUCCACACCGACCGCUGCCUCACGCUGGUGUUUGAAUAUCUGGACAGUGACCUCAAACAUUACUUGGACAACUGUGGAAAUCUCAUGAGCAUGAAUAACGUCAAGAUCUUCAUGUUCCAGCUGCUGCGUGGCUUAUCUUACUGUCACAAAAGGAAAAUCCUCCACAGAGACCUAAAGCCUCAGAACCUGCUCAUCAAUGACAGAGGCGAGCUCAAACUAGCUGAUUUUGGUCUGGCACGGGCCAAGUCUGUUCCCACUAAGACCUACUCCAACGAGGUGGUGACUCUGUGGUACCGACCCCCCGAUGUGUUGCUGGGCUCGACAGAAUACUCCACGCCCAUCGACAUGUGGGGUGUKGGCUGUAUCCUGUUUGAGAUGGCGACAGGUCGUCCCAUGUUUCCUGGUGCCACRGUGAAGGAGGAGCUACAUUUAAUUUUCAGGCUGAUCGGAACUCCAGCAGAAGAGACUUGGCCUGGUAUCACCAGUAAUGAAGAUUUUAGGUCCUACCUCUUUCCUCAGUAUAGACCUCAAGCCCUGAUCAACCAUGUGCCUCGAUUGGACACUGAGGGAAUUGAUUUGCUCUCUGCUUUGCUGCUGUACGACACCAGGAGCAGAAUCUCCUCUGAAGCUGCUCUACAUCAUCCAUAUUUCCUGAGUCUGGGGGAUAACAUACAUAAUUUGGCAGACA